GCUGUUUUGGUGUACGGCUGUAAUAGCUUGAAAGCGAAAGAACGACCCUUGUGAGCGUGAUUUUCUGUUUACAGACGAUCUUUGGCAGUGUCAACAUUACAGAGAUGAACAACAAGCAGCGGCGGUUAGCUGCUAAACAACUUAAUAACAGACGUGUGUUUUUCUCUCCUGUCCGACCGAGCACAUAAAGGAGAGCUGUGUGAAGGCAGCUGCAGCAGCGUCAAAAAUGGAGACAUAAACCCCCUGAUGGAGAGGAAGAGCUCCGAGGAUGACGGUGGUGGAGAGCGAGGCCUGCUCCAUACCUGGAAGGGCUACUCCUGCAGUGUCACCCCAGAAAGGCUGCUCCUCCCUGGGCCGGUCCUUCAGGUCGCCCUGGGAACACGGCAUGGCGUUCUGUUGGUUGAAGGAGGGCAGGUGUACAGUUUUGGGGAGUUACCAUGGAAGCAGAGUCAGGUGUCGGAGCCGUCGAAGCCCACCCUGGAGGGGGCGCUCAGCGGGCAGCGGGUGGUCAGCGUCGCAGCCGGAAGCUUCCACAGCGGGGCGGUGACGGAGGACGGGGGGGUCCACAUGUGGGGGGACAACAGCUCGGGACAGUGCGGCCUUUCGGGCCUCAGCAGCGUCCCCAACCCGACUCCGGUCGCUUUGCUGGACUCCGACAACGCCCCCCCGCUGACGGUCCCAGUACUGGAGCUGGCCUGCGGCGGGGGACACACCCUGGCUCUGUCGGCGCAGCGGGAGGUGUGGGCCUGGGGCAGCGGCUCUCAGCUGGGCCUCAACGUCUCCGUCUUCCCCGUCUGGAAACCCCAGAAGGUGGAGCACUUUGCGGGGAGGUGUGUGUUACAGGUGGCCUGCGGGGCCUCACACAGCCUGGCUCUGGUGCGCUGCCUGGGCCCCCAGGACCUCCACCGGCCCCCCGUGGACAAAUGCAGACAGUGUCACCAGCUGCUGUACACCAUGACGGACAAGGAGGACCACGUCAUCAUCUCUGACGGGCACUACUGCCCCCUCGGGGUGGAGCUGAAGGAGGACGAGGCCCCUGCUCUUACACAAGGGCUCAAAACAGAGCCCUCCCUCCCCUCACACACCUCCCCCUCCCCUGACCCCUUCUCUGACCCCGCUCAGGACUCAGAGAAAGGACAGGAGUCAGUGCUCGCAAAUGAAGGACCCCCAGCCUCAGGCUCUGACUCCUCGGCUGAAUCUAAAGAAGGAAGUGUUUCGGGGGUCAAGAGUUCACCGUAUCCAGAUGAGCAGGCCGUCAAAGAAUACCUGAAGAAGCUGACGGAGGCCGAGCCGGUCACCAAGCCAUCAGCAGGGGCUCUGACCUCCUCCAGCUCCGCCCUCAACAGCCUGGUGGCCUCCUGCGCCUCCGCAGUGGGGGAGCGGGUCGCCUCCACCUACGAGGCCCUGUCGCUAAAGAAGAUGAUGACCUACCUCCCCUCAGGAGUGGCGAGGGCCGGCGUCCCCGCAGGGAUAACGGGGGUCUUGGUGGGCGACACCACCGCGGAGCGCGUCCGCCUCGAAGACUCCACCCAGGCCAAGAAGAGCUCCAGCACCGGGGACAUCCGCGAGGAGGAGGCGGAGGGUCUGCGGCGCCGCCUCUCUCUGCCGGGACUCCUCUCUCAGGGUAGAUACGCUGUUCACGUCUUAUCCAACUCCUAUACCCUGCUGCGUAA